UGAUUCGAAAUUGGACGGGCGAACCGUCGUUGAUUCGAAAUUGGACGGGCGAAUCGUUGUUGAUUCGAAAUUGGACGGGCGAACCGUCGUUGAUUCGAAAUUGGACGGGCGAACCGUAGUUGAUUUGAGGUUGGACGGGCGAACCGUCGUUGAUUUGAGGUUGGACGGGCGAGCCGUCGUUGAUUCGAAAUUAGACUGGUGAACUGUCGUUGAUUCGAAAUUGGACGGGCGAGCCGUCGUUGAUUCGAAAUUGGACCGGCGAACCGUCGUUGAUUUGAAAUUGGACGGGCGAACCGUCGUUGAUUUGAUAUUGGACGGGCGAACUGUCGUUGAUUUGAAAGUGGACGGGCUAACCGUCGUUGAUUUGAAAUUGGACGGGGAACCAUCGUUGAUUUGAAAGUGGAGGGGCGAACCAUCGUUGAUUUGAAAGUGAAGGGCCGAACCGUCGUUGAUUUGAAAUUGGACGGGCGAACCGUAGUUAAUUUGAAAUUGGACAGGCGAACCGUUGUUGAUUUGUAAUUGGACGGGCGAACCAUCGUUGUUUUGAAAUUGGACGGGCGAACCGUCGUUGCUGGGGAUCAAACUAUCCUCGGCACAAACAAUUCCAACAAUCACGGGUAGGUCAUGUCAGGUAGGUUGAAUUCCAUUUGUUGGGAAUUAGAGCCAAUCUCCUUAUCAAAGACCAUCCGAGGCAGAGCAAUAAGGCUGCUGGAAGAUGCGGUUGAGGCUAGACUGAAGUAGAGGUAGCCGUUGGGGGUGGGCCAAGGCAGACUUUCCUGGAGAAUAAUUAAUUGCAAACAGACGGACCAUCAGACGAUAUGGCUGAUCGUCGUUGAUGGAUUGAAAAGGACGAUAUGGCUGAUCAUCAUUGAUGGAUUGAAAGGUACGAUAUGGCCGAUCGUCGUUGAUGGAUUGAAAAGGACGAUAUGGCUGAUCGUCGUUGAUUGAAUUGAUUUGAGGGACGUCAUGGCUGAUCAUCGUUGAUUGAAUUGACUUGGGGGACGACAUGGCUGAUCGUCGUUGAUUGAAUUGAAUUGGGGGACGACAUGGCUGAUCGUUGUUGAUUGAAUUGAUUUGAGGGACGACAUCGCUGAUCGUCGUUGAUUGAAUUGAUUUGAAGGAUGACAUGGCUGAUUGUCGCUGAUUUGGACAAGAUCGGAGGAUCAUACUUCAGAAUGACCAUACAAUUUUGGGGAUUGGACAGGACCGGCUGUCGUUGAGAGAAUGGGCGGAUCAUUGUUCAGGAUGAUCGUGCCGUUGAAUUUGGACAGGAUCAGCUGUCGUCAAUGGAGAUGGGCUGCUUCGAACUGUAUUCUGAUCACCACAGUGUGCUCCAGGUGCUAGCGGAGUGGGACAGAGAGGCUGUGUGCUUGGCAUUUGUCAUGGAGAAAUGGAUAAGGAGAACGGCAUGCAGCACCUCCCUCUUAUAAUUGUACUAUCAUAGAGCAGCGGCUCCGGCUCCAGUUCUUGUAGUGAAUAGAUCCCAGGUUGUCUACAUGGAUGAGCCGAGUACUGGACUGGAUCCAGCUUCAAGAAACGAAUUAUGGAACGUUGUGAUGCGUGCCAAGGCGAACAGAGCAAUUAUACUCACCACACAUUCAAUGGAAGAAGCUGAGCAUCUCUGUGACAGUGUAGGAAUAUUUGUGGAUGGCAGCUUGCAGAGCAUAGGAAAUGCAAAACAGUUAAAGGCCCGAUAUGGAGGAUCUUAUGUGUUCACAAUCACGACAUCAUCGGACAAUGAGCAAGAAGUGGAGAGGUUGGUUUGUGGUCUCGCCGUCAGUGCUAACAAGACGUACCACAUAUCCGGAACCCAAAAGUUUGAGCUUCCGAAAAACGAGGUCAGAAUAGUAGAUGUGUUUGAAGUAGUUGAGGCUGCAAAGAGCAAAUUUACUGUUCAAGCGUGGGGUCUAGUUGAUACUAGCUUGGAGGAUGUCUUUAUCAAGGUCACACGUGCGGCAGAGGCCUUCAACGUCAUAUGAUCGCUAGUGCCAAUAAAGUUUGAGGAUUCUGCAUUACUGCGAUGAUAAAAAGCUGGUUUACUUCAGAGUUAUUUAGUUGUUGUAGGGAGGUGAAAAAACUGUAUAUGAAUGUUAAAGCAUUCAUAUGAAUGUUAUUUGUUUAGAGUUAUUUAGUUAGUUAGUGUAAUUUGUUUUCAGAACUGUUCACUUAACAAUAUGAAUGUUAAAGCAUUCAAGCUUUGUAAUAAUAGUAUAAUAAGAACAUACCCAAUAGCCUUCUUUCACAGAUGAUAAUUGUUAAAUUUUCAAA